CAUUCGUGGAGACGCCCAGGGAUCACGAGUUGAGAAGUGCGGGAGAUUCAAACUCGUUUUUCCAGACAACCAGCGGCAUAUCAGCAAUGACAGAGACAAAGUUGACAGCCUCUGGGGCAAAGCUUUACCGCCAGGGAUCAGCAUGGGAGACCCUGGACGAGAGAUACAAGAGACUUGCUUCAAUCACCCCUCUACCCUCCACACGCAGGGGUGAAAUCCUGAUCGAGACACUCGGCGAGAGGAUAGCUCGGAUAUCAAAGCAGCAGAGAGAAGCCCGACGCCGUGAUCGACUUGCAGCUGAAGUUCUAUCCCAAAUGGACCAAGCUGUCGGAACCAUCGGCCUGCAGGGGACGGAUCAGCCCCGUCCAAGAGUCAUCAGGUCAGCCAGAGCCAGAGGGGCAGUCCCAGGAUACCCCUAUGGGGAGUUCCUUCACUUUGAGCGCGGACCUCACAAGGGCCGUAACUUUGACACCAUCAUGGACCCUGUUGUCAUCAGGAGGUCAUCCUACGCCCGUGGAGCUCCUCCACCCAUUGUCACAUUCAGCAAAAGGGCCCAAGAACUCAUCGGGGACUUCUAAAGACAUGCAGAACUAACUCCUCCCUGGACAGGAGGUGAAUACAGAGAUGGCCGUGUACAUCAGUCUGUCCACCAACACCAUCAGAAUACACAGACUACAGCCACUCAGCAUCAGCUCAGUAUCAGUGUAACAGUUGAAUCUUAUCUCAUGAACACUUGUGCAUCUUUGUGCUUUUUGUACAUUGUAAAUUUGCAACGAUGGAUCACAGCGAUGGAAGAAAAAUAAUAUUGUUUGCAUCACAUGCAUAUUAGGUGAAGCUGUUUAUCCACUAUAUAUCCACACAAAAAUAUCUUGCAGCUUGUCAUUGACAGCAAUUGUUUUCUUGAAGUAAGUAAGUUUUGUUAAUGUGAUGCAAUGAAAAGAAAUGUGCAAACAAACAAAAUAAAAAAAUGAUAUAGUUUGAUUGAUAAAAAAAUCAUAAACAAAACAUAUUACUUUACAUAAUAUUUUGAGUCAACUAUUUACCAUGUUUACCUGUACUUCCUUUUUGUACACUUGAAAAUAAAUUUAACCAAUUAAUAUCAGUAUUGAUUCAAUUAAUUAUGUUUGAA